AUGGACAAUGGACAUGACGAAGACGACUACGCUGUGCUGCCUGGACCACCAAUGAAGCGCAAGACGUUUCCGGUCAUACAAGCUGUAGGAAAUGACGUUUACAACACAAAAGAAAGGAAAUUCCGUGACAACAGCUCGUUUGUCGGAAAACUUAUCCUUGCGGACAACGUAUUGUUCACCCGUCCGCCGCAAAUGGGGAAAACCACGCUGCUUUCUUUAGCAGAAUUAAUGCUUAGCGACGAGCUUGGGCAAGAUACGCCGGAUGGACUCCUUUACUACCCGCCAGAAUAUGAGAAGAAUAAAUGGGGAAUUGUAGGUGAAAAGCACCCCAACAUCAGGAAGGAAAUGCAGCAAGCUUUCCAAGCCUACUGUAGUUUCUUCAGCAAUUGCAAGAGUGCAUCCGACGGAAGAUGCAGCAUCAAAGUCUGGGCAACAGGCAUCACACCUGUCGGUCUUAAGCUCAUUUCCAACUUCAACUAUAUCGACCUGACAUUCGAUGACGAUUUUGCCGACGCUGUUGGCUUACUCGAAGCGGAUGUAAAAGUGAUGCUAAAGGAGGCCAUCCCCAAUGCUUCUUUCGACGAUAGUGAGGAAGAAGCCGUGUUGGAAAAGGUGAAAUUUCAGUUUAAUAAUCUUGGCUUUCCGGGAGGAAGUCCUCUCUAUCACACUGGCAUGAUGAACCGGGCGUUACAACAGCUCCAGAAACGAGUCGAACGCGGCCAAGAUACUGCCUGUGGCUGGCGUGAAUGGGUCGAGAAUUUGGACGAACAAGAAGUAGCCGAGGAUCUGCCUUCAAGUGCCUUUCAUGUAAUCAAGAGGGCUGAUGCAUCAAAGCUCCGUGCUGUGGUGAACAGUUUGGUCGAUCGGCAGGCGGUGACAGGAUACAAAGUUCAAGAAACGUCAAUUACAAAAAUGCUUGAAGAGGGGCUCGAUACUGCGCAAUACCUCACCUUGCUGGUACACUUAGGAGCGGUAUCCGUCACACGCGAGAAAGACGGAGAAUACAUUUUCAGGUCGACGAGCGAGCAAUAUCGCAAGAAACAUGUCAGCGCAUUGAACUAUAUUCUGGCUGAAUCCAUUCUUGACCUGCUGAACCUACCGUCAAAAGAAGAGAUGUACAAGAACGGGGAGAAAAUCCUUGCAAAUUUUUUGAGCGCUCUUUCACAGCACCGUAUGCAGAUCUUGAUUGACUGGGCAUCUUCUGCAAAGGGCAAUCGGAUACUUGAGCUACAGUUUCAAGGAAAGAUCCUCGAAGAACUCCACGCCGAAUUCAGUACCAUCAAUUCUGCCCGAGCCACCCAAGAAGAUAAGGUUGGUUCUGGCAGAAGCGACAUUACUAUUCAUGGAAUGGGAAAAAUACGAUGCUCAGUUACGAACUUAUGUGGAGGAGCACGAACAGAAAAACAGUUCUCCGCUGGUGGUGGGAUUUGUUCUGGUCAUGAACGACAACGGCAACAAGUCCGCCGUUCGACAGUUAUCGAAUUAUUAGAAGAAGUUACGACGACCCCCGAGCUUUAG